UAGAUUCUGAUUUGUGUUUGUAUGUUUGUGCCUGUAGGCUGUGAUCUCUCUAAUGAAACUAAAUAUGAAUACAUUGGACUCCCUGGUGGUUCAGUUCUGUUACCCUGCUCCUGCUCUGACCUGCACACCAAACCUCACGCAUUCACCUGGAAGGCCUUCAGAACAGGACGUCUGAAUGACAUGUUAAAUGAUGAACACUAUCGUGGCAGACUUCAGCUGUUUAAUCACAUUUCUCCUGGUAAUCUGUCUCUGCUCAUAUCUGACCUGAGACUAGAGGAUGAUGUAGACUACAGGUGCAGCACUGAGAAGGAACACAGAUACAUGAGUAUUAAUGUUCAAGGCUGUGAUCUCUCUGGUGAUAAAUAUCAGGUAGUUAUCAAUGGACACCCUGGUGGUUCAGUGCUGUUACCCUGCUCCUGCUCUGACCUGCACACCAAUCCUCAGAUAUUCACCUGGAUGUCCUACAGAACAGGACUUGGUCUGACUGAAAUGUUAAAUGAUGAACACUAUUGUGACAGACUUCAGCUGUUUAAUCACACUUCUCCUGGUAAUCUGUCUCUGCUCAUAUCUGACCUGAGAGAAGAGGAUCAGAGAGUCUACAGGUGCAGUACUGGAUUAAAGGAAUACAGAGACAUCAGAAUUAAUGUUAAAGGAGGAAGAAGAAAAACUUCAACACGCUCAGGGAAAACAGACAGAAGACCUCCAUCAGAACAGCCUCGAAGUAAAACAACAAACUCUCCACCUGCAUCAUCCUCAACUACACUGGAACAAGGAACAUGUGGAGAGAACGGGAUUACUGAAGGACGUCCGGACUGUAAGGGAAAGCCAACAGAUCAGCCUGAACCUGAUCUUGUCACUUUCUGUAUUAAAUAACACAUUAACACAGCCGGAGCAGCUCAGGUCCAGAUUAACACUGGAGAGAAAACUGAGAACACCAACAUUAUAACAAACUAAUUUAAUGUAAAUAUUCUCAGAUAUUAAAGAAUAAUGCUGAAAACAGAAUAAAUACACACCGUGGUCAAGCACAAGAUUCUAUCUGGUGGAAAUUUUCUUCGUGUUUAAUUUUACUGUUAAAAAAGGGAAAAGGUUCCAGAUAAUUACUUCAUAUUCACCUUCAUUAUGUUAGCUAAGGGUAUUGUUCGGCAUUCACUUUUUCUGUUAAUCAUUAAAAACUGCUGAUGGAUAAAUUUGCAAACUAUAUUUUGAGUGUUUGUGACAUUUUUUUCAUCUUAUGUGUCCCAUUCUUACAUAUAUCAGGUUAAGAAAUGAAUGUGCUAAAAGGCUUUUGUGUAAAUAGGCUUGUGUAAGAAGUUCUUGUUUGUGA